AUCACUGUCUUUCAAGUGGCGACCGGGGAGCGCAGACCAAACUACUUUGUUGCCAUCCAGGUGGGCAGUCCUGAGAUUCACGAAGCCCUCCACAAUGUCCAGCAGACAAUGGUGGAUGGAGAUACGAGGUUGAGGGAAGCUAUGGUUCCUAUACCAUCGCUUCAUCUUACCAUUAUGGUCAUGCAUCUAGCUACUGAUGAUGAUGUAGACAGGGCUAAAGAAGCCUUGAUAGAAUGUAACAGGUUACUCGGUUACAGGAUACCAGAGAUCAAGCGCAGGGAACUCAAUAUAUCGUUCCAAGGGUUAGACAACUUCAACAAUCGGGUCGUGUUCGCUAAGAUCAGAGACAUUGAUGGGAUCCUCGACACUCUCGAUAAAGUGGCAGAAACCGUUAAGGAAUGUUACAAAAUAAAAGGCAUCAAAUCCACCGAUACGCGGAGAUUCAAUCCCCAUCUCACCGUGGUGAAGCUCUCUCGCGAUAGUGUGUACAAGACGGGUGUGCGUUCCAUUAAGUCGGAGCUCUACUGCGACUACAGCGAUACGCUCUUCGGGAACCAACCGGUGAGCGGAUUUCAGUUGUGCUCCAUGAGCAAACCAAAGAGCGAUGACGGGUACUACUACAAAGAACACGAGGUGCUAUUUUAAUGAUGAAGGUACUAUACCUCUAUCAAGGCCAUAGGCUCAGUCAGGACUGCGACAUUGCUCUUCGCAAAUAUCACAAAGUUUGUCAACAUUUGCUAAGGACUCGUUCAUAUGACUCUGUAAACCGCUGCAUUUUUCUUCUUUUUGUUUCUUUUUUUUCUGUGCAA